UGGCAAGUGGUUUUGGUCAAUUUUAUCAAGCAUUGGGUGAAAUACAGAGCGUUUUGAAUAUUUUUAGACUAUCUAUAAAGGUUCAGCGGGUUCGCUGUAACUAAAGCCAUCAUGGAUAUCCCCAACCCCCCUGAAGAUCAAGAACUAAGGAAUGUGAUCGACAAGUUGGCCCAGUUUGUCGCUCGGAACGGGCCAGAGUUUGAGAAGAUGACAAUGGAGAAGCAGAAGGACAACCCAAAGUUCUCCUUCCUCUUUGGAGGAGAAUACUUCAGCUACUACAAGUGCAAGCUUGCUAUGGAGCAACAGCAGCAUCCCUCUACCCACGAUGGUGAGGAGUAUAAAUCUGAAGACUUGUACAACCCAGGUGCCAAAGACGUGGUUGAUAUGCCUCCACCGAUGCAGAUGAUUGCUCCACCCCCAAUUGUUCCACCUGCUACACCCUCUAUUGAUGAGCUCAUCCAACAGAGCCAGUGGAAUCUGCAGCAGCAGGAGCAGCAUAUGCACACUCUGAGACAGGAACAAGUGACUGCAGCCAUAGCUCUGGCUACGGAGCAGCAGACCCAAAAACUGCUGCUGGAAACUCAGUUGGACAUCACCGAGUUUGACAACCUGCUGCAGCCCAUUAUAGACACCUGUACCAAAGAUGCCAUCUCUGCUGGGAAGAACUGGAUGUUCAACAAUGCCAAGACUCCACCACACUGUGAACUGAUGACAUCACAUCUUCGCAACCGCAUCACUGCUGAUGGAGCACAUUUUGAGCUCCGCCUACAUCUCAUCUAUUUAACCAAUGACGUUCUCCAUCACUGCCAGCGGAAACAGCAGAAGGAUUUGCUGGCGGCGCUGCAGAAGGUUGUGGUCCCCAUCUACUGCACAAGCUUCCUGGCUGUGGAGGAGGAGAAGCAGCAGAAGAUCACCAGGUUGUUGCAGCUUUGGGAGAAGAACGGCUAUUUUAAUGAGGAGACAAUUCAGCAGCUCCAGAAUCCAGCACUGGGCCUGGGCCAGUACCAGGCAUCUCUGAUAACGGAGUAUGCUGCGGUGGUACAGCCCAUCCAGCUGGCCUUCCAGCAGCAGAUUCAGGCUUUGAAGACGCAGCAUGAAGAGUUUGUCACCAGCCUGAAGCAGCAGCAGCAACAGCCUCAGCCGCAGUCCCAGUCCCAGCAGCAGCCACAGCCUGCCCCUGUAGCACAACUGCCAAUCCCUGCAGAGCCUGAAAAGGCUCCUCCUAUGACUACACAAGCUGGCGAUGUUAAGCCUCCCAUGUCAGGUCCUCCUCCAGGGGAGUUUGAUGGAGCUUCAUCAAGACCUCCAGACCCCAGCAACUCCAGCGGACCCUCAGAUAUCCCCUCCAACAAGCCUGCUUGGUAUGACCCCCAGCACAUGGGUCCCUGGAACCCCAACCAGCCGCCUCCUUUUGACCCAAACCAGCCUCCCCCUCCUUGUCCUCCCUGGACCAGCCAUGAAGGGAUUUGGAAUGAUCAGAGGGACCCAGGGAACUGGAGCGGAGGUCCGCCCAGAGAAGGAGGCCCCUGGAGUGGUCCAGGUGGGUCUGACCCAGGGCCCCCCUCUUGGAACUCUAACUAUGAACAGCAGCCGCCGUGGGGGAACCAGCCUGACCAGCCUCCCUGGGGCCAGAGAGAGCCCCCGUUUCCUCCACGCAUGCAGAGACCUCCCCAUUUCAGAGGGCCCUUCCCUCCUCACCAGCAGCCACCUCCUUUCAACCAGCCCCCCCCACCACCACACAACUUUGGACGCUUCCCGCCACGCUUCAUGCAGGACGACUUUCCUCCAAGACACCAUUACGACAGGCCACCGUACACCCCACACCGCUUUGACUACGCUCAGGGAGAUUAUCCUGGAGGUGAGUGCAGAGACAUGCCAGGUCCUCCUCCUCCUCCUCCCCACCAUCAUCCCAAUCAGAGGCUCCCUCCCCCAGGUAUGGGGGCUGAUCAUCCUCCCUGGGGUGGUGGCGGCCAACACCCAGAUUUUGGCCCACCUCCUCACGGCUUCAACGGCCAUUCACCCCACAUUCGUCAUAGGCAGCAUCCGGUCCAAGAUGACCCCAGUCUGGUGCCUAAUGUACCCUACUUUGACCUGCCAGCUGGUCUCAUGGCUCCACUGGUCAAACUUGAGGACUAUGAUUAUAAACCUCUGGAUCCUAAAGACAUCCGGCUGCCUCCUCCCAUGCCACCUAGUGAUCGGUUGCUAGCUGCUGUGGAAGCUUUCUACAGCCCUCCAUCCCACGAUCGACCCCGUAACAGUGAAGGCUGGGAACAGAACGGUUUGUAUGAGUUCUUCAGGGCCAAGAUGAGAGCCAGGAGGAAAAAGGGACAAGAGAAACGCAACAGUGGACGUGGAGGCAGUCGCUCCAGAAGUCGCUCUCGCAGCAGAGGGAGGUCUUCAUCUCGCUCCAGCUCUCAUUCAUCCAAGUCCUCCAGGUCACGCUCCCGCUCCUCGCGCUCCCGCAGCCGCUCACGCUCCUACUCACGAUCCAGGUCCAGGAGUAGAUCCAGGUCAUCUCGGAGUCACUCUCGCUCCAGAUCCAGAUCUCGUUCUCGGUCACCCGGAAAGAGACACCGCGGUGCUAAAUCCAGGAGCUCCUCCCCUCCCCCCAUGCCAGUGUUGGGCGCUCCUCCCUCCAAACUGUCUGCAGAAAACAGGCUAGGAGAGGAGAACAAGGGCCAUCAGCUGCUGAUGAAGAUGGGCUGGAGUGGUUCAGGAGGGUUGGGGGCCAAAGAACAAGGCAUCCAGGACCCCAUCAAAGGAGGUGACAUCAGGGAUAAAUGGGACCAGUAUAAAGGAGUGGGGGUGUCACUGGAUGACCCCUAUGAGAACUACCGCAGGAACAAGAGCUACAACUUUGUUGCCCGCAUGAAGGCGCGGGAGGAAGUCAAUCGGGAACCCGAGGCCCCACCAACCGAAUGAUGUCAUCAAAUGCAAUCAAAGAACCUCCCCAUCUGCCCCACCUCCACCUCCAUCAAGGAUCUGACUCUCACUGUCUAUAUUCCAUCCAGGAUUCUUCAUUCCUCAGAAACCAGAGUGAUGAUACAAAGUGCCACCACACUAGAUGAAGAAGCACAGACUCUUCUGCUCUCUGCAGCUGCAAAACCACAGAACUCAACAGUCUUUACUGGAACACUGCAACUACAGUGUAACUCACUCAUAUUUUACUUCCAGUGUUUCUGAUUUUAAAAGAUUUUUUUCAUCAGACCCAUUUCUGACAGCUGCAGGAAAAGAGCAUGGCAGAGAUUUGAUUGAUGCACACGUUAACCGUCGUUCAAUGAUUUUAAAGUGGGAUGUACACAGUUAAAUGGGUUCCUCUCUCUAGUUGUUUGGUUUAAGUUUCAGUUUCACCCAAAAAAUAAAACAAUAUUUUCUCAUGUUAUUCACCAUAUAAAUGUGUUCAGUUUAAUCUGCUGGGAGACAAAAAUCAUUUCAGUUUUGCAAAUGUAUUUAAAAGACUCAACAGCAGUGUUUGUUUACAAGAAUAAUGUCCUACUUACUAAUUCAUAGAUGUUAAUAUGGAACUAUUUUCAGCUGAAUAAAUAGCAUAAAAUAGUGCUCACUGUGAAUGGUGUCGCUAAUCUCAUUAGUGGAGAUCUCCAAAAUUCUGCAUCAAAACUGAAGAUAUUUAUAUGGCUAGAUAUCACUGGGAGAAUGUGUAAAUAUGAAGACAUUUUGGUUUCCUGUGUAAGCUGACCCUCAAAGACAAAAUGUAGAAUAAGAAUGUGAGACGGCUCCUUGAUCUUUUGAAUCUUUUUCACUGCUGAAUAUUGUGAUACUUUUUCAUGUAAUUACUUCCUGAACUGAGUUAUGAAAGUCUGUCAUGUAGUUGUAGUAUUAAAAUAAAUCUCACAGAACAAAAAAAUCAGAAUAUGA